AUGCCUUCGCUGGGUCUCGAGACUGUUUACCCAGCGCCCGGGACCAUACCCAGCCCACGUUGGCGCCGCACCGUUGACUGCUGCAGCGACACUGGAGGAGACUCUGAGCCUCUGUUGACCUGCGUCAAAACCACUGUUCUUCUGCAUGCCCGGCAGUCGUCCCGUAUCACGACCAACGAAAUCAAGGAGUAUGUUGAGUCGGCCAAAGCGAUCAAUCUCAGUUUCACUGCCGGUCUGACCAGAGAACUUGAGAUUGUCAACUUUACUGAGGGUAUAACGACCAACAUCGCGCCCGAUGACGAGCCCGCCUACAUGACAAAUAUCAUCCCGAAAGCCAGUUCUGCCCUGGGAAUGGGCCAAGGUAUCACCGAAAUCAUGGAGUGCACCCAUGAACAAAUGACGAAUUUUGCAUCCCCGGUAGACGACUGCUUUCGUCGACUUCAAGAACGACUUGUAGACAUGCACGCCGCCAUCACGCAGGGCACUACUUUCAGACCUGCCACGUUACCAUUACUGCCGACGCCCAAAUCACCCCGCCCAAAGUCGCCGCCAUCGACACUGCCUGGAUCGAGGCCGACAAGCCCUGAAAAUCCAACGGUAGCCUUUUUUUGCAACACCCAUACGAGCCAUGCAACACAACCAGCCAUUCUAGACUACUUCAUCUACGACCUUCUGUGCCGUAAGCCGGAAUGGUUCGAUGGCGUUCCUCCCAGAUACAGGAAUCGUCAACCCCCAGGUUCUCGAUUUUCUCACGAUACCCUGUUUGAUAUUCUGCGUGGUAUCAAGAGCACAAAGCUUUCGAUGAAUACCGUUUACUUCAUCAUUGAUGGCCUUGACCUGUGUGAUUCCUCUUUCGUGGAACGUCUCGUACAGCAAAUUAGCAGUCUUAUCGGUAAACUUAUCAUUGAAGGAAUCGACCAGACACCGCUUCCAGGUCAAGUCGAACUACCUAGGCCACGUUUCAAGUUUCUGCUUACCUUGAGCCCCAAUCGUGUACCUCGCCAGACAUCGGGAUUCCGACAUAUCCAACUCGCGCCAGCCGUCGUUAAGGCAGAUAUCGCAGUAUAUGUUGAUGAGUUUUUUGAGCGCUUCACUGGUAUCAUCCCGUCACAGAUGAUCCGCAAAAAGAAACUUUGGGUCAAAGAUGAGUCGGAUACCUUUUUUGUCGCCGCAGCUAGUCAUUGUGCAGAACUUGAACGGGCAGAAGACUGCAGGCGCGGGGGUUUCGAAUCAUACGACGACAUUUGUCCUCCGCCAGUCUCUCAAUACUAUGAUCACGAGCUUUUACCUAUUCUACAGGACACGAGCAGCAAUAACUACGCUCUGCUUCUGCUGAUGCUCCAUAUUAGCGCUCUCGGCCCGCUCAAUAUGACAGAGAUGCUAGAUGCGAUAUCGUGUCUACCACGACCAGAAGCACAAGACUUCCUCAAUUCAAAGUACCCAUUUUACUCGUACGCCGCGACACGGUGGGCGCGGCACCUUGCACGAUCCGAGACAAAGGGCUUCAAACUGUUAUCGAAGCUCGAGGACUUCAUAUCUGACCGAUCUCAACCCUUUCAGACUUGGUGCCACUACAAAGCAUGGUCAGAAAAUGAGAGCGAAUCAUGCGCCGGCCAUCGUGUGCCGCCUUGCAUUGAGUUGGCGAAAGAAGACGCGCGAAUCAUGGUCCAGCAUUUUCUGUCAUCAGCACAAACAAAGCCCGUUCUUGAAAGGAUCAUGGACCGCUUACUACCCUUUGGCAUGAUAGACCUGCCAAGGAACAUGUUGAAGUUUGCCAUCCGUCGUCGAGAACCUCUUCUUAGAUGUUGGGAUGACCUUCAAGACUACCACGGUCUCAACAUUUUACACCAUGCCUGCCGUACGGAUCUGAAAGCAGUCGAGUUGCUCAUUGAUGCAGGGGCCGAUGCCAGCGUGUGGUGUCAGGACAAGCGGAGCCCGAUAACAAAUGCGAUAGUCAGAAAAGAUUUCGACAUGUUCAAGAUUCUUCUUCGUGGUAUAAGCGACAUAAACAUGAUCGACGGUAACGGCGUUGGAAUUUUGCACCAUCAGCUGAUAUUGGAGCGUCCUGAGUGGCUGGCUUGUCUCCUCGAGAGGCCUGGUGUCAACCUCGACCUGAUGCCGCUGAAGGAUGGCGAAUUGGGUAUACCCCCUCUAGCGUUCGCGGCAGGACAUGGUUACUCUACUUCUGCUGAGAUGUUGCUUGCUGCCGGCGCGACACCAGGAUAUGUCCCUGGUCAGGCCGAACUGCUCCCGCUUCAUUACGCUAUUCAGGCCGAGGGCGCGGGAGAUGCACGUAUGACGCGGAUUCUUCUUGAGUACGGCGCCCCGUUGAACACGCUUGAGAUACAUGCGGGUUGGGGUAGAAGGAAUUGCCCCGCCAUCGUCCGCAUGCUCAUGGAGCAUCCGCUGCCGCCGGAUCCCAACUACAUCCCCGAACACGGUGUCCAUGUGCUCAUUCAUGCGGUUCAACCCGGAAAGGGUGCUGAAAUGACGAAGCUCCUACUGGCUUACGGCGCAGAUACCCAAAUUUUCCAUCUUCCGGCUCAGGCGGAGAGCCCUCUACAUUAUGCUGCUGGUGAUGGUAUGGCUGAUGUCUGUCAGGCAUUGUUAGACCACGACCCAGCAAUGAUCAACCUACAGGACGAGGGGAGUCUUUUAAUCGACACACCACUACACCGGGCUGCGAGGGCUGUGAAGCCGCAGGAAACCAUUGCGUGUCUCUUGGCAGCUGGAGCUCGACCUGAGUCACAAGCGUACUUGUUCAUGGAUAUUCCACUCCACCAAGCCUGUCAAAAGGCCAAUCUGGAGGCGGUUAAAAUCCUGCACGCUGCGGCACCAGAGCUGAUUAAUUACCAAGACUUCUACGGCCAUACGCCACUCAUUGACGCCUGUCGUGAGGGUGCAGUGGCUGUUGUAGAGUUUCUGCUACACAAUGGCGCUGAUAUGAGCCAGCAAGACCAUCUGGGCGAUUCGUGUGUUGGACGGAUUGUCGACCAAGAGCCAGGGAUUGCGCUCCGGCUUGUCCGCCUGCUGCUCAAUCACGGACUUGGUAUCAACGAUGUUGUGGCCUGUGAUGGCUUCACGGUUCUUGCCGAGGCGUGUGUCGUUCAGAAUAUGCCUCUCGUGGAGUAUCUCCUUGAAAAUGGGGCAGAUCCCAUACGUUGCCAGCGUGGACCUGACGGCACCUCUUGGAGGACAGCAGUGCAUCUUGUCAUGCAGAGACGUAAGCCGAAAGCUUUAGAUGUUCUUCUCAAGCGGCAAGACGUCCGGGACCACAUGGAAGCACUUGAUUGGGCAGCUCCAGACACAAUACGUUGGCUUGAUCGCACAAUUCAUGCGUCCGUAUUGAAGGUAGUAUACACACACAGAACUCUGCGCAACCACCAGACUGCGAUGCUCGAUAUGAUCGACCUGCUAUUAUUCCGUGGAGGUUACGACAAGCAUACAAUCACUCUGUUCCAUCGACUUGCCUUACGAGUCGAUAUUGUGGAGAAAAGCGACAAGUACGAGGAAAAUACGUAUUAUAACUGGACAUGCGACUGCUGCGAUAAGGCUAUGAGUGUCGCAGCGAAACAUUGCAUGAAGGUUUGUCGCGUUUGCCAGGUCAGCCUGUGCGACGACCCUGAAUGCUGGGAUGUGUGGGAGCCACAGGUUCAUGCAUGGAUCACGGUUCCUUUCAUUCAAGAUACGGACCUAAAUUCAACAGAGAUGCAACAGACGCUCGAGGAUCUUCUCUAUGCCUUUGACCCUGCACAGGAUGAAAAGAGGGCUGCGGCUCGCGUCACGACUGAGGUUGGGCUGCCCAGUGACUCGGAGUCCGACACUACAACUCUCUCACUCGCGGUCCUCCACGCUUUCGGACUUCUGGAAAUUCCACGCAAGGCUUGGGGUCCGUUCUUGCCACUAUCGCCACGCCUAUUCGCCCGUCUGGCAAGCUGGGACUGGAUGCUUUUGCCAACAAGAAAACGCUUCGAAGAGAGCGUCUGGGCUGCUGAGCUUAAGCCUCACAGACUGAAGCGGGAACUAGAUUAUUUCUUGACAUCAGGCCGGAGAAUUGCCUUGCCCAACGAGAAGCUUGUACUCUCGCAAGCAGUUUUGGAAAGUCUUGCAACCUUAUUUGAGGGACACGGCAUGCCUGAAAGAUCCCGCCAGCGUCCAGGCAAACGCUACAUGCCGAGGCAUCAGCCAUCACCAGACAUGGGCCCGCUCCCACCUCCACUGAUACAUCCACGCCUACAAACUCACGAACCAAUCUCACGAUGGGCUUCGCCGUUGCCGGUGACACCGACGCCGACAUCACCCCGCUCAGUGCGCUCGUUCUCAUCUGUGUCAUCCUUCGUGAGGGACUAG